AUGAAUCCCUGGCGAGCAUUAGAACUCACACGGCUUUUUGCGUUGAAUGCGUUGGGCACACAGACUACUUUUGACUACGGACAGCAGCAGAGGGAGCUUCUGUCGAAUGUAUUGGCUUAUCAGCAGCGAGCUAUAUCACAGCAGGGGACGAGUAAAAGCGAUCAAGAGAUAUCUUCAGGUAACUCAACAUCUACGGAUUCUGAAGACAACAAAGACUCACUUCCCGUGGGGUCUCUCUGUCUUCCUCACCAUGAUCUUCUCGACGAGCAGAAACGUCGGCGAACUCGGACAAACUUCACUCAGCGCCAAAUUAAUGAACUUGAGAAGGCAUUCAGUCAAUCGCAUUAUCCAGAUAUCUACAUGAGAGAAGCACUUGCUUUGCGCCUCGAAUUAGCAGAAUCAAGAGUCCAGGUCUGGUUUCAAAAUCGCCGAGCGAAAUGGCGAAAACGCGAAAACACUCGAAAAGCGCCUGGUCGCCCGCCUCAGGGUGCUCAUCUCCUAUCCUGCAGCGGCGAGCCUCUCACUCCCGAAGAAAUUGAGGCGCGCGAACUUCGUAAAAAACGUAAGCAAAGAAUGAGUGCAGAAGGACUAUGUGAGGGGAAUGCGAUACCCCCCAAUUUUACGAUGGAUUUCAUUCUCCGUAAACCUCAACAAUCUGAAGAAACAAAACUCUGCAUAUCCGAACCUCCUGAAAUCUCUUCAAAAGAACCUCAGCCAAAAAGCGUCUAA